AACAACCCCUCAACCUCGUAUAGCAAUUUGCUAAUUUACCCUCGCCUUUAUAUUCUGUUCCGAACUCUGAAACGCUGUGCGCCUCUGCCUGGAUGCGUAUCAGAGUUGUGUGCUGACAGACAUUUUCUACACGUAAUACAGCGCUUCUAAUGCUCGCUAAAUCACCUUCAGACCCCUAUCAACACCUAUCGUUGUGCUUGUAAGAGCAUCAACACGUAAGAAGGCGAUCGGUUACUUCGGCCCGCGCCAUCUUUCAUCAAUUUUCAGAUCGUCGGCCCGUUUCCAUGUGCUCCACGAACCUUCCAACAACACAACUGAAGACUACAAAAGAUCCAAGCGCAAAGCACAGCUCAUGGCGGGCACGAGACGACAACCUCGGGCUCGUAACACGACCAGUACACAUCAGCGUCAGCGCUCCGCGUCUCAGGUAGCAUCUAUUGUAUCAGAGACUGCAAGUGCUAUGAAGUCGAAGGUUAUUGAGAUUGCUGAAAGUGCUGACGAGGGUUCUCCACGUCCUGAAAGUUCUCCACAGCUUGGAUUACCAAUCAAUCGUUCGAUUACAGCAUUCUGCAAGAAGUGCGAUGGUAAGAUUGGCGAAUUCUACAAUUCGUGGCACAAAGUCACCAGCAGCUACUACAGCCCUGCGUUGCUCGGGUCUUACAGAAGUCUGCUACGAACAUCGGAUCAAAGGAAAGAGGCGUUAGACUCGACAGAAUUAGCAGGAUGCAUCAUAGACUUGACCUGCUGUCCAAACUGCGACUAUUAUCUUGGUUUUGUAGUCGUUGACACGCCGGCAGGUGGAAAGAGAUUUCGUGGUCGAGAGUUUUUCAAGCUUCAACAUAUCGAAUUGCGAUGCGAGACGUCCCAAAGCAAGACGAUUACCGUAGAACCACAGGAAAACGUGGCACUAGACCUGGUAGCUCCCGAAGGUUCGACAAGUCCGUCUCCCACACCAGGUAACACCAUCAUGGAAACUAUGGAACUCGACACGCCUCUCUCUUCUUCACACCCAUUAUGGAGCCAGCCUGCGCAGAGUGAGCUGCUGCAACAGCGCCAGCAAUCACAGCCAAGAGAACCUGUACGACCUUUACUACAAACGAACACGUCUCAGCCGCCAGUAGCGAUAUCGCGUUCCCCUUCCAAUCGAAGCGCCCCAACCUUAGCUACCGCGCCCGAUACGAUCCCGUCCCAAAAAUCUCCGCAACUUGCGCAGCCACAGUCUGGACAUACUAUAAGGAGUUCAGUCCUAGAAGCUCAGCCGAAGCCAGUUGUCAAUGGCCAUAAAGACGGACAUAACUACCCUCGGGAGUCACGCAAGGUGUACUUUGAUGCCAUCGAGCGUCUACAGACACAAACAUCACAGAACACCAGCGCCUUGGCUGCUCAAGCUCGCACCCAGGUGGAAUCUGCGGAUAUGGUGCGGCAAAUAGAGGGUAGUCUUCGCCACGACUUCCUAAGUCAAAUACAGCGGCAGGAUCAAGAGUUACGGAGGAUGGGUGAAACUGUGAGUCAACUGCUUCAGCAACUGCAAGACUGCCGUCAAACUAUUGUAAACCUUGCUCAAGAGGUACAUGUCACUAGAGCAGAAAACGUGCAACGUCCGAGCGAAGUAGUGCAGUCUGGCUAUCAAGAUGACGCUCUUGAGCUGAUGGCUCGACGUAUCGGAGAAAUUUCACACAGGACGACAGAUCUUGAAACUUUGAGAGAUCAUGUAGCCAUAUUGGGUGGCAGAGUACAACGGCUUGAGUCCGAAACUCCCGCGCGCCAGCCACAUCCGCACUCAGCAUAUCCCGCACACCAGCCUACACAUGCUGCUCAUAUCGCCCACGCAGCUCCGUCACACUCAAGCCAGGUUUCCUCAUUCCAGACACCUGCUCGGCCGACUUCGGUACCACAACCCGUCCCACAAAAUGAGACGCCUGCUGCUUUAAUGCCACCAGAGAGCGCUCAAAGGCAUGAGUCUGCUCCAAGUCAGAACGGAUGGGCGACUGUGAAUGCUGGUGUAAAGCGAGUGUUUGAGAACGGUAUAGAUAGCCCGCAAGGCGCAAGCCCAGCACCUGGAUCACCUAAGCGCCCGAGACUAGUCACCGGAGGGUCUCAGGAUGGUCCCUCGAUGCCCCAGAAUUCUCCCGGCUCAUCACAUAUUUUACCGUCUCAAACGCAGCCUGUCGUUGCCUCACAGCCCCUGACACAGCCCGGGCCGUACCCAGGAUUACCAUCAUCACAACCCUACCCGCCCCAUAGUACACAAGAUGGCCCAUCAGAUCACAGUUGGCGGCCAGAAUCUCAGCGUAUGGCUGAUUCACGUCCGGCUCGAGGCAGAGGCUCACGAGGGGGUCGAGGACCCGGCAGUAGGGGCGGUCGUGUGCGUAAGAGCAUGCAGGGACAGCAUCAUCCUGUUGGAACACCAGAGUGGGAAGGAAACCACUGGACAGCCGUACCUGAUUCGCAAGCCAGCCCAAGCGACUUCGGAGAUCAUCCGGCACAUCCAGGUAGAAGCACUGUGCGGCGCGGUGGCGGCGGUAGUGGAUCGCGAGCUAGCUCCUUGUUGAUGGAACGCUCGAGUGAGUGGACACCAGAGAUUGCGCCUCGUGGUGUCUUACCCGAUCAGGGUUCGCCCAUCGAAGUCAAGAAGACCAGAUCAAAGCCAGUCCGCAACGAGGAUGGAAUACUAGUUCGCAAAGAUGGCCGACCCGAUAGGCGUUCACAGUCAUCUGCUGCAAACCUUCGAAAGGUACACGCCCGCAAGGAAGAGCAACAAAGAGAAGGGGAGGUAGGAACCACGCCUACUGGUCUUCAUCCUUCGAUGUCUGCAGGACCAGACACACCAAGUCCAACAUCGCGUGGCCACCCGGAGCAGAACGUCACAGACAGUAUGCGUAAGAAGCACAACAACAUCCUCGGUAGGAUCUUUCCCGAGGGCAUAGAUACCUCUCGGAAGCAGCAUGACUAUGCACAUCAAGUCUUCAACGAAAAUCACGACCACACUGCACAUCCUAGGACGCAAUCGUCCAGAACCACCAAAACCCCACUUCAGAUUAAAAAGGAGCAGGCGCAGCGCAGCGAGGUUACGGAGACACAGGCCUCGGUGGAUGGUGAUGUUGAGAUGGGUGAUGCAGGGACUUCGACGAAUAGCCACACGCAUGACAAUACCCACACACCAUCUGGCGAAACAGUCGAGGUCCCAAAUCAAGGGGGAAUUCAAAGAGCUCAGGAUCAGGCAGAUCCAGAACAAGAGAGCAGGGUGCAGAUCCCAGAGACUCAAGCUACCGAUGGCUCGGCCACGCUUAUAGCCGAGUCGGUAGAGGCGGCGUAGAACGAGUCCUCUUCACUCUCUUGCAUCCCAAGGGCUGUCUCUUGCAUCUCCCGUGACAAACUCGAG